AUGGAUUUUGUGGAAAAUAGUACACAUCCAACAUUCUUCGAGCAAUAUACAAACUAUCAUGGUGGUAGUUCAUCUGCUUCAACACAUCAAUCUAAUGCUUUUACCCUGCCUUCAGGCGAUCCAGUGAGAUAUUUAAGAGAACAUGGAUUAUGGGACAUAGGAAGAGAUGUCUAUUUCUUGAGAAAUAAUAUUGAUUCUCAAUCACUUUCCCAUGGUGGCAUUAUCAUGGAGCCAGGUCACAGGGAUGAUCCUAUUGUUAUAGAGGAUGAUGAAGAAGAUGAACAUGGUGAUGCUCAACAUGAUGACAUUUUUUAUGAUGGGGAAAUGUCAUAUGAGGCGUUAUUGGAACUCCAAGAACAUAUAGGUGGCGUGGAAAUUGGAUUGAAGAAAAGUGAUAUUUCUAAACUUCUGAAGCAGAGCAAGUACCAAUCAGCCAAGAUGAAAAAUUAUAGUGAAUCUUGUUGCAUAUGUUUGGAUACUUAUGAUGACGGGGCAGAACUAGGAAUAAUUAAUUGCGGACAUGAAUUUCAUUAUCAAUGCAUCAGAAGGUGGCUGAAGAGAAACAAUUCUUGUCCCGUUUGCAGAAGGAUUGCUUUGACUCCAUAA